CUACGUUCGGCGGCUCAGGUCAGGCCCGUACGGUGGUGUUUUCAUGAGGCUUAAGAAGGAAAUAUGCGAGAUUUCUUAUUUAAAUAACAUUUACAAAAAUGAAGCUUUUCUGUUUUAAAAUAAACACUCGCUCAUUUGGCGAUCAUACUUUCGUUUGUGUGGUUCUUUAUGCAUCGGGGUGUCGGAACAUCCGCAGCGCGAACGGCGGCAAAGGAAAGGCGACAGACGCGAGCAGCGCGAGAAUGGAGUCGUUGGCUGCGUCUGUGGGCGAUGGAAUGAGAGCGGUGGAAGUGUAUAAUAAUCCCACUUUCGGGAAUUUGUUGCGCACCUCUGCCGAGAUCUCUGAGCGUAUACUAAGUUAUAUGAGCAGUCGCCAGCUGUGUGUUUGCGCCCAGGUUUGCUCUCUCUGGAAUACCACUGCCAAGCGUUUGAACAGCAAACGCAGCAGCGUAGUGCACAGUUUUGAGCCUCUGAAGCGCAAACGCAAAGUAGGUUGUCGAGGGGAACACAGCAAAGACUUUUCUGGAAAUGCAUCCAAGAGCUUCGUCCAGAGCAUGAUGGAUGCAUGGUCUGAGCCAGGUUGUGCAUUGGUUUUCGGCACUCGAUACCUCUACCGUUACCUGUCUCCUCCACAGAGGGCUGCCCCAGGAAAUCGACGUCAUGUAGCAUACUGGAGUGAAGUAACUCAGCGUGUAGCAAGCCUCCUGCCUCCCCCAUGUUUCCUGCUGCUUGGAGCUGCCGGAGGAGUCAUCGGCAUCAAUGCCUCAGGGUGCCCUGUUGAGCUGGAACGUGGGGAAGGUGUCUCGGGAAUGCUGCUUCCAGCCAGGCUGCCUGAGGGCGUUCGUGCGCAACCUUUCUUGGUGCGCAGGGAUCACAUCAGCCCUGAGAACAGACCCAACGACUGGUUUGCCACUGACAUGUUCAAAAACCUUGUGGGCCUUCCUGUGGGUGAAGAGGCAGUGGAUGUUAAGUGUGUCUUGUGGUUCACUGUCAGCGAUGUGGCAUUUGGCGAAAACUAUCAGCUCAUGUACGACAUGGUCACUGAUGUUGUGGCCAGCUGUGGCAUGCGGCGCUUUGCCCUUGGAGGAGCAGUCCUUGAGCAGAUGACUGUAAAUAAUGGCCUAAAUGGUAUUGAUCACUCAAUCCUGUGUGCUGGGUUGUGCUUUUCUGGUGAUUCUGUACGUUCUGCAUCAAAAGUAGUUUCUCCAUCUGUGAAAGGUGCCGAGACAGUUGAGCGAGAGUUGACGAAGUUCCGGCUCGACUCUGGCUUUGAUAGCUGGGACAAGUCCUGCACCUUUGGCUUCAUGUUUGCUUGUGUGGCACGUGGUGCGAGACAUCAUGGAAAAACAAAUGUUGAGGCAGAUGCAUUUGCACGUGUCUUUCCCGGUGUGCCGCUCAUGGGCGUGUUUGGAAACGGUGAAAUUGGAGUUAAUUAUCUGCCAACUGAUCAGCAGCUGUUGGGACCGGUAAGGAGAAAGGAGAAUUGCUUUCAUGGCUACACCACAGUGUUUGUUCUGCUGUCAUGGAGCAAAUGCCGAUAAUCGUAACUGAUUCUGUCAAGCAUUUGUCUAACAUGUGAGCAUUUUUCACUGCAGUGCCUAUCGUGGACAUGGUGAAUUCGUUUCCAUGUGAAAUUCUAAAUAAGAUGAACUUGUCCUACAUUAAAGGUCCUUUGGUUGAUUGAGCAGUGGUGACAACAAGUGCAGGUUUGUUUUCUGCUAAGCUGUGGCCAAAUUAUGUUGGUGCUCGGACAAAAGAUACCCUCUCUUGUUUCCCCCCCCCCCCCCCCCCCCGGUUUUUUUUUACCAACCGUACUGUAGUAUUUCAAUAAUUGAACAUAUUGGCACUUGUUUCUUUUUUACCACACAGCUCCAACACACCCAUCUGAAACAAAUUGUAGUCCUUGAGAAGUGGUACACAUGCAAAGGUCUUAUGUUCUGUUUUUCUCUUUUUUGUUAUUCUGUCUACUAUUGUUAUUGAUGCUUUGUGUGGGUUUUUUGCAAAGGGUCUUAUGUUCUCUUGUUCUUUUCUUUUUUGUUAUGUUUUCUUUUUUGUUAUGCCAUUGUGGGUGGUGCUUUUUGUUGGUUUGUUGUGAAAGGUCUUAAUGUUCUCUUGUUCAAUUCUCUCCAUUUUCUUUCUUUCUUGUUAUACUAUCUACUAUCAUAGGUGGUGCUUUUUGUGGGUUUGUUGUGAAUGUACAGUUGAGAUCGCAAAAGUUAAGAUACUAUUGCAGCAUCAGCAAAAAAUAUCAAUUUUUUCUCGGACAGCCAUGCAUUGCAUUGGUUCGACAGGUGCAAACCCGCAUGCCUAGGUUGCGACAUGACGGGGUGGUAGCUUUUCUUUUUCCUGUCUUUCUUAAUCUUAAAGAGAAUUUUUUUAAAUCACUUGUGGUAUGUAAUACAAUUGUACUUCUUGAACUAGAUUGUUCUCAUAGGAUAUUGUUUGCUCGAAAAAUCAAAAUGAAUUUUAACAAUUCACAAAGUUUCACUAAUUAACUUUAAAUCUAAUUACUUUACUGCACAUAUUAAAAUUUAUUGUAGCGUAUGACUUCGAAAGUCAUAUCUACUUGGAACAAAUUGUGAGGGAU